AUGAGUUUCAGAGAGAAAAAAGAGGAAAAUCCAGAUCUCCAAGCUUUCCUGGAGCAACACCAUCUGAGGGACCGACUCAAUCCUCGAGAGUCAUUUUUUGGAGGAAGGACCAAUGCCCUCAAAUUGUUCCACGAGGGAGACGCUAAAUAUGUGGAUUUCACAUCCCUCUAUCCAUGGGUGAACAAGUAUUGCGUCUACCCUGUGGGACAUCCAACAAUCAUCACGGAAAGCUUUAGAGAUGUGGAAGAUUAUUUUGGAAUUAUCCAAUGCCGAGUGAUUCCUCCACGGAAUCUGUAUCUUCCGGUACUGCCCUAUCGGUGCCGGAAGAAGCUGAUGUUCCCCCUGUGUCGGACUUGCGCCCUUCUUCAACUGCAGACUCUGUGUAACCACACAGACGAUGAGCGAGCUCUCGCCGGAACGUGGGUAACGGAAGGAAGUCAAACUGGCGAAAAGAAAGGUUACCGCGUCACACAUGAGGACCCAAAACCUAUGCCUACCAGAUGGCAACUGGGAAAACCUGUUCGUGGGUUUUCAUUAAACUUUAAGAAUUCCCAGUUGCUGAAUUUCGAAAUCAUCAGAAGUCUGGUCUGCAGUCUGAACCGAAAGGAUGUCAUAUCUCUGCACAGUUUAAUUAUUAUUUGA